AAGCCUUUUGCACAUAUAAUCUUGGCGCCUCCCUAAACUCUUUUGAAUAUAUCAUCUCCCUCCCUUUUCCAUUCUCCUUGCUCCUCUCUCUCUCCCGAGCUACGGAGAUUCUUGGAAAUGGAGCAACAAAGGCACCAGAAGAUGGUUCAGCAACAACAAAAUGAGGAAGUUGAGGAGAUGCAGCAUGGUCCUUUCCCUGUUGAGCAGCUCCAGGAGUCAGGAAUUGCUGCCCUUGACGUUAAGAAGCUUAAAGAUGCUGGUCUCUGCACUGUCGAGUCUGUUGCAUACUCUCCUCGGAAAGAGCUUUUGCAAAUUAAAGGAAUCAGUGAAGCUAAAGUUGAUAAAAUCAUUGAAGCAGCUUCCAAACUGGUGCCUUUGGGUUUUACUAGUGCCAGCCAACUUCACGCUCAGAGGUUAGAGAUAAUUCAGAUAACAUCUGGAUCAAGAGAACUUGACAAAAUUUUGGAAGGAGGAAUUGAGACAGGAUCUAUUACUGAGAUAUAUGGCGAGUUUCGCUCUGGCAAGACUCAACUGUGCCACACACUCUGUGUCACUUGCCAACUACCAUUAGAUCAAGGGGGUGGUGAGGGUAAAGCAAUGUACAUUGAUGCUGAGGGAACAUUCAGGCCACAGAGACUGUUACAGAUUGCGGACAGCAGAUUUGGACUAAAUGGUGCUGAUGUUUUGGAGAAUGUGGCCUAUGCUCGUGCAUAUAACACUGAUCACCAAUCAAGGCUUCUGCUUGAAGCAGCCUCUAUGAUGGUGGAAACAAGGUUUGCCCUUAUGAUAGUAGACAGUGCUACUGCCUUAUACAGAACAGAUUUCUCUGGAAGGGGUGAAUUGUCUGCUCGACAAAUGCAUCUUGCUAAGUUCCUCAGGAGCCUUCAGAAGUUGGCAGAUGAGUUUGGUGUGGCUGUUGUAAUCACAAAUCAAGUAGUAGCACAAGUAGAUGGUUCAGCUAUUUUUGCUGGGCCUCAAAUCAAGCCUAUUGGUGGUAAUAUCAUGGCUCAUGCUUCCACCACAAGGCUUGCUCUAAGGAAGGGAAGAGGCGAGGAGCGUAUCUGUAAAGUAAUAAGUUCUCCUUGUUUAGCUGAAGCUGAAGCACGAUUUCAAAUUUCUGCUGAAGGGGUAACUGAUGUCAAGGACUAAUUCCCAAAAAUUUGGGAGGUUGUGUUCAUAUGAGCACCAGCAUGUAUUUUCCGGUUGUAUCUAUCACUUGAUCUGCAUGCAAGGGAUGCCCUAAAUCUUGUAAUUUUUUUGUUUGUUUACAAUUGACACUUGAAUUUGGAAGGGCUGUAUUGAUUAAGGUUUUUGAGGUCU